AGCAGGAGUGAAGUAGCGAUCACGACGUUCCUGGCCGAGCUAGGAUAGCCUCUGACCUCAUGGAGGAUACAAACUUGGCCGUCCAUGCUUUCACUGAGGUUCAGCUUCAGAAAAUCCAAGACAAAGCUAUCUGUCGGCUUGUGAAUUCAACACCUCCUUCAUACCCCUCAUGACUGUCUUGAGCUGACAGGAUCAUCGCAAUGGCGGUGCAUCAAGUCAAGGAUCUCCCGCCCUUCUUCGACCGAACCUACGAAAAAGUCGGCUUGCUUUUCGGGAACGUGCGGGCCAAGUUCGACACGAAGUUGCGCGAGAGGGGUCCUCUGGUGCUGGUUCGAUACGAUGACCAGGGUCGGGCGCUCCUCAUUACUGAUGAUGCGGGCGUGUGCUCAACGGUGCUGGACGAGAAGCACUUCCAUCGGGAAGUUUCAGAGCGGUGGGGUCCUCUAUGGAGCUCAAGGCGGCUCUUGGGGGAUGGGCUCUUGACCAUGUCGACCGAUUGCCGGAGAUGGAGGGACGCCAGGGGCUUGAUGAAUGCCUUCUUCACCAAGGAAGGCGUCCGACGGCACUUUAAAGCAAUGGCAGAGACGGCGCAGGCCAUGCUUGGCUUCCUCGAUGCGCGGCAGGGCACGAACAAUCGUGUAGACUUGCUCGAUUUUACGAGGAGAGCGACCGCGCACGCUAUACUGCUUGCUGUAUUCAGCCAUCGCUCGGAUCUUUUCCUAGGCGGGCGGCGGGAUGAUGCGAUCGUCGAUGGCACCUCUUUUGCUCUCGAAGAGUUUGUCAGGCAGACGUACUACCCCAAACUUGUUCUCAAAUUUCGCGGCACCAAGCGCCUCGACGAAUCAAUCGAAGCCGUCCGAGGCCGCGUGAAGGCACUACUCCGGGAUAGGGUGGAUAGUGGUGAUAAGAAGGAUGACAUCCUGCAGCAGAUGCUUGACGCUGGUUUCGACGCGAACGACCCUGCCGAAUUCCUCAUUGAUCAGCUCGUCAUCCUUCUUGUCGCCGGCUUCGAAACGUCGGCCUCAACAUUAGCAAGCGGAUUCGACCUGCUCGCAAUGCACCCGAAGACCUGCGCUGACAUUCGAAACGAGGUCGCUGCCACGGCCUUCGACGACGACAGUGCGGCAGAACAAUGGAGCGUUGACGAUGUGUCCAGUCUUGGACUUUGCGAGCGUGUAAUCCAUGAGACUCUGCGCGUGGAUCCUGUCGUACCCCUCUUCUUGCGCAUAGCGCGCCACGAUGUCGACGUGAUCUCUUCGACCAACGGCGAAAGCUAUCGGAUCCGCAAGGGCGACAUUGUCUCAAUCGUAUCGUCGGCGCUGCACCGCAACGCUGCCCAAUUCGAAGACCCCUUCAGCUUCAGGCCUGAUCGAUUUCUGACAUCAAAGCAUCACCCGUAUGCCUUCCUCCCCUUCGGCGCAGGGAUGCGAGGGUGUCUCGGGAGGAUGUUCGCGACGCAGGAACUCAAGCUCUUCGUCGCAAUUGUGGUCUCGCGCUUUGACUUCACAAGGGUCGAGGCGAGGUUCAAGCGGCGCAAGGAUGUCUACGGCGUCACAAGGAGCCCCGAGAAUGCUUUUGUGCACGUCAGACGGAGGCCUAGAAAGGCGACAAGCAGUCAGGGCUGUGCGGUGGCAGAGUUGCAGAAGGAAACUAAUAGAUGGACCGGCAUGGCGCAAGUAGACCAAAGCUCGAGGAGUGGCAGCACGACAAGUGCAUCAAACGCAAGCAGCCAAAGUCUCAGCAAUUCCAACAGCAGCGCGAUGAGCAGCAGCAGCCGCAUAGGUGACGAAGCGGCGAACCUCAAAAUAAGAGGCAAUACGGGCUGCAAGCUCGUCUUAGCCUACGGAAGCGGCCUCGGCGAGUGUCGCAGCCUGAGCUACGGCCUAUCCGAGCAGCUGGCGGAGGUGGGCUUGCCAUGCGUCGUAUGCACCCUUGACGACUUGGUUGACUUCGAUGCAAGCGAAGAUAUCGUCAUUGCCUGCAUUACAUCGACGUACAACGGCGAGCCCCCACCAACCGCCGAGCGCUUUCAUCGUUGGCUUACUGCGGAGAAGACGUCCACCGAGAGAUGGAAAAGACAUUUGUGGAGAUUCGCAGUGUUCGGCCUGGGUAGCUCCGAGUGGCGUGCCACUUUGCAUCAGUUUCCCCGCACGACUCAUCAAGGCCUUUCCAUGCUGGGCUGCCAGCCUUUGCUACCGCUUCGUACUGCCGAUGUUGAAGCGAGGGGCAAUGACGUCGAACUGGCAUGGAGCCAAUGGGCUUGCGACCUGGCUCAGACCAUUAUCAAGCACCACCACCUACAACUUGAUGCUGGACCGGCCAAUUUCCAGCUUGCGUCAUCGAGAGAGAUCGAAGUCAGUCUGGACAAGAAUCCUGACGUGUCGUCGCCAAAGAAGACGCUAGAUGAGAUCGAAGUGACAAGCAUCGCGCCUCUGAGCAGACGAGCACUUUGUGUAGGUCUGAAGGGAAUUGGCAGUCCCCAGCCUGGCGAUCACGUCGAGCUGUGGCCUAGAAACUCGAGCGUGACGGUGGCGUUCCUCAAAGACAGGCUUGGAAUGGAAGGGCACGAAGUGCUCAGGACAACUUCAACGAAGCGUAGCCCUUCCUCACUUGCUGCUUUCUCAAUCAGUGGCUGCACUAUCAAUGAUGCUCUGACACAUCUUCUCGAUCUCGGCUGCCGGCCUCCCAACUCCGUCAUAGCAGGUCUCUCUGCCCGAGCAAGAGCGAGAGGCGACGUCAAGUCGGCAGAGGCGCUCGUAGGACGACUCGAAGGGGACGUCUGCAGGACAAUGCUCGACUUGUUUGUCGCCGUGCAAGACGCCGUGCCAAAUCUGACAUGGCGAGACUGGCUAGCUGUGUGGCCUGCGGCAAAGCGGCGUCUCUACUCCAUCGCAGAGCUUUCGUCGUCGGCAGAGCAAUCGGGAGAGGCUAAUAUCUACGUCUCGGUUGAUGAAGAGUUCGGCCAGAUUGGCAAAUUCCUCUUAAACAGUGAAGCGACGGGGCUAAAGCUAAGAGGCAAGCUCCACCCAAAUCCCGACUUCAGACCGGCGAAGCAAGGCAGCAUCGUCAUGAUUGCGACCGGCACUGGUCUAGGACCUUUUAUGGGCUUCCUCAAUGAGACUCGCGUACGCGGGCAGAAAGCUGAGCUCGUCUUUGGUUGUCGAGACGACACGAGCUUCUUGAGAAAGAGGGUGCUCGAACAGAUGGUGCAAGAUGGAAGCAUAGCCCGACUCCAUGUCGCUAAGUCAAGAGAACCAAACUGGCCGCACCGAUAUGUCGGCGACGUGAUUCGUUCACAAGCAGGUGACUUCUGGACGAAGCUUCGGGAUCGCACUGUGACGCUAUACGUCUGCGGCGGGGCGAGCACGACAGGUGUCAAUUGUCGGGAAGCACUGGCAGAUGUGGCCCAUACAGAGGGAAUGUUGUCGAAGGGUGCCGCUGAAGACUUUGUUCGGGAUCUGGUUCGAGAGGGAAGGCUUGUAGAGGAUGUAUGGGGAUGAAGUGGCGAUAGCUUGGAUGAUACCCUAUUUCAACAAUCGUACUGUAUAGUACAUCGUCUCUUUCGAAACAUUUGGUCUUGGAGUUGCUAUCGGGCAGCAGGUGUAAGCAGCUGUCAAAUGUUUCAUCGCUGCUGCUUUACGCGGGCCUU